UCCAGAGGGUCUGCAGGCAGGGCAGAUGGCUGGAGCGGGGGUUCCAGGUCCCUGAGCAGAGGCAUUGGCUGGUUAACCAUUGUCAUGGACUCAGCUCUGGGGUGAAGGGAUAAGAUAAAGGCUGUGGGAGUAUCCAGGUCCAGAUCUGACCCGAGCCAGCACCUCCCUUGUCCCUUAAGGCUUCUGAAGGCACUCUAAGGAACAACUGGGGCAACGAGGAAGUUCCCCAUUAUCCAAAGCGAAGGUUCCUCUUAAGAAAACCACGAAAAGGAGCCGAGGGGCAUCUCAGGCCUGAGAGAACCGGAGUGGCUCCCUCGCCCACAUCCUUCCCUCCGUGCGCCCCGCAACACCUGCCGGAGAACCAGCUGGUGGCUAACUAGGUCCGCAGCCCCUCGACGGACCUACACUCAGUCACCCGACAUUAGAGGGCCGGUUUCCGCCCUUACGCUUCCAUUGGCUUCGUCCAAACGGGCUUUCGCCGGCGUCCAAUCAGAACGCUCGACCUUCAGCUGCCGCCCAAUGACCGCGUACAAUGGGGGGAAGAGCGUGAAGCCCAUCGCAGCGCCAUCACACUUGAGGGCAAAGAGGGUAGGAAGCCGGCAUGGCGCUCCGGUCAAUAAAAUCGAUAGCUGGAAGCUGCCUGUGUUGCAGGCAAAGGCGGCGCAGUAGCAGCGCCGCCAUUUUCCCCGAAGGCAUCUUCCGGUGCCUUUCCCCCAAGUUCAGGCAGGAGUUUCCUGAAUAACAGUGAGAGGUUUCCGUUAGCCCCGGAGGCAGCCGACUGAGAGUCCCUCCGGUCCGCCCCUAGACAUAGUCCCGGUCCAGCGGGGGCUCAAGUCCCGGUCCAGCGGGGGCUCAAAUCCCGGGGCCCGUUGGGGGCCGAGGCUGGGACGGGGAAGGCCGUGGCGCCGGCUUCUCGGAUGCAAUGGCGCCGCCUUCCGCUCCACUCUCCGCACGGGGACCAGGAGAGGCCGUACCGGGCCGGAGAGGAGGAAGGAAGCCAAAGGCGGUGAAGUUCGCGGACGUGGCCGUGUAUUUCUCCCCGGAGGAGUGGGGGUGUCUGCUGCCCGCGCAGAGGGCUCUGUACCGGGACGUGAUGCGCGAGACCUACGGCCACUUUGGCGCGCUCGGGUGCGCAGGUCACACACCAGCCCUGAUCUCCUGGUUGGAACGAAAUACCGAUGAUUGGGAACCAGCUGCCCUGGAUCCGCAGGAGUGCCCACGGGGGGUAACAGUCCAAAGAAGAACCAGAACCAGAAAGAAUGGCGAGAAGGAAGUAUUCCCACCGAAGGAGCCACCCCGAAAGGGGAAGAGGGGGCGGAAGCCCAGUAAGCCCCGACUGAUCCCCAGACAGACAUCUGGGGGUCCCAUCUGCCCUGACUGCGGUUGCACCUUCCCUGAUCGCCUGGCCCUGGAAAGCCACAAGUGUGCCCAGAACCUGAAAAAGCCUUACCCUUGCCCAGACUGCGGGCGCCGCUUUUCCUACCCAUCGCUGCUGGUCAGUCACCGGCGGGCACACUCCGGAGAAUGUCCCUAUGUUUGUGACCAGUGUGGCAAACGUUUUUCGCAGCGGAAGAACCUCUCCCAGCACCAGGUCAUCCACACAGGCGAGAAGCCUUACCAUUGUCCUGACUGCGGCCGCUGCUUCCGGAGGAGCCGCUCUUUGGCCAAUCACCGGACCACGCACACGGGCGAGAAGCCCCACCAGUGCCCCAGUUGUGGGCGUCGAUUCGCCUACCCGUCCCUGCUGGCCAUCCACCAGCGCACGCACACAGGGGAGAAGCCCUACACCUGCCUGGAAUGCAGUCGCCGUUUCCGCCAGCGCACCGCGCUGGUCAUCCAUCAGCGCAUCCACACUGGCGAGAAGCCCUACCCGUGCCCGGACUGCGAACGCCGUUUCUCGUCGUCCUCGCGCCUGGUGAGCCACCGGCGCGUGCACUCCGGGGAGCGGCCCUACGCCUGCGAGCACUGCGAGGCGCGCUUCUCCCAGCGCAGCACGCUGCUCCAGCACCAGCUCCUGCACACUGGCGAGAAGCCCUAUCCCUGCCCGGACUGUGGCCGUGCCUUCCGGCGCAGCGGCUCCCUGGCCAUCCACCGCAGCACGCACACCGAGGAGAAGCUGCAUGCGUGUGAUGACUGCGGCCGCCGCUUUGCCUACCCCUCGCUGUUGGCCAGUCACCGGCGCGUGCACUCAGGCGAGCGGCCCUACGCCUGUGACCUGUGCUCCAAGCGCUUUGCCCAGUGGAGCCACCUGGCGCAGCACCAGCUCCUGCACACCGGUGAGAAGCCGUUUCCCUGCCUCGAGUGCGGCCGUUGCUUCCGCCAGCGGUGGUCUCUGGCGGUCCACAAGUGUCACCCCAGAUCUGCGCUGGAGGGGCUCAGUCAGAAGCACAACAACCUUUAGAAUCGGAAGGACUGUCUUGAGUUCAUUUCAUUUCAAGGAGAGACGCAAAGAAGGAAGGAGAAGCCCCAGGCCAUAGAGGGCAGGUUCAGGCCUAAAACCCAGGUCUGCACUGCAGACCUCAGCUGAGUCUAUUCUAGCGCACUGGCUGCCUUACUAUGCUUGUCUGUUAAAACGACAGCCCCAUUAGGCGAGGUGACAUCAUUCGGUUAAAGUUCAACAAGCUACCCUACCUUAAGAGAAUGUCUGUGCGUGGCCACCAGGACCAGAAGUUCGCCUCACCUGCUUUAGGAGCCGUCUGCUGUUCUAGUUUGUGCAUACAGGGGUCACCUGUCCCCUUGCAUGUGGUCGGGAGAAUCCCACUUAUGGGGGGGCAGGGUCUUCCCCUACUCUGCCGCUUCCUCCAUUCCAGGUUUAAACAAAUCUGGUUUCACUCCCUUUACAACACUCCUGCCAAGUGGUGUUCCGUCCUUGCUUUCAAACCUCCCUUGACGGGGAGCUCACUACCUCACAAGGCAGGUCAUGUCAUUUUGGGAUAGUUGAUCCUGAGAAGGUGGUCAGUGCCACACUCUCCUUCCCUGUAAGCCUUACCCAGAAUAUGUUCAAUACUCCUCCAUAUGACAGCCCUUUGGAUAACUUAAUCACAACCAUUUUGACCCCGUGUUUUCAGUUUAAACAGCAUUACCUUGGUCAGUCAUUCCUUAAAGACAGGGUUUCAAUUCCCACACAUGAUCUUGCUCCAAACAGGUGCUGGUUUUUCAAUGUCCCUUUUGAAGGGUCAUUUAUACAGAAGUCAGCCUACCCCCUUGGUCUGUACUUGUUUUAACAGCUCUAGGUGGCAGUGGAUUUGGGGGGUGGCCUCUGAACCAGGGGUUUACUGGGUUGCAGACACCUAAAUACUUAAACUUUUUUUUUUUUUUUUAAAUUGGGGAACAGUGUUUUUCCGGGACCCAUUAGCUCCAAGUCAAGUAG